AUGGCUGAAAAGGACAUCACCUGCGUCGUAGCUUCGGGUGAUAGAGCAGUAUUCAUGAAGAUUAACACUUCAACCACCAUUCUUGAUCUAAAAUUUGAUGUGUCAGAUAGGUUAGAUCUUCCAUAUGAAUCAUUAAGUUUAUCAUUCAAAGAUGAAACGAAUGGAAGUUUCAAAUUUCCUAUUGAGAACGAGGGGGAUCUGUCGUCUAUGGUGGAGCAUUGUCAUAACAGAGGAUUAAAGGAGGUUCACAUGCAAGCUUUCAAGGAAAAAGAGGAUUCUUCAAAAGUCCACAGCGACGUUCAACGCUACCAGCAGUAUGAACUCAAAAAGCAUAGAGGGUCGCUGCCCACAUGUGUUUCAGAUAGGAUCCCCAAUGAUAAUCCUUCCGAAGAUAAUGUUCCGAUGAUUGAUGACAUGAUUAGCAGAUCAGAGAGGAUUCCUGCUUGGUGGCACACUGCUUUAACCGGUGAGGGACAACGGUUUGAGAGUGCGAAGGAAUUAAGAUUGGCUUUACUAUACUAUUCCAUGGCCAAAAAAUUCGAGUACUUGUUUGCUAAGAAUGAACCGAAGCGUAUUCGAGUCUUUUGUCGGUUCAAGGAAGCCCAAAAUUGCCCGUGGAUGUUAUUUGCCUCUCCAACGCAAAAUGAGAACAGACUUGAAAUCAAAACCUUCGUGGACAACCACACAUGUGGGAAUUUUGGCAAUAAUGCAGGUCAAUCUAGGGCGUCACGACAAUUCAUUGCGACCCAAGUAUUACCCACGUUAAAGGUCCGACCAGAUUUACGACCUAUCGACGUACAAAAGGAGUUACUAACUUCGUAUGGGCUUAGGGUCGAUUAUAGCAAGAUAUGGUGGGGUAAAGAAAGAGCACAAGAGCAACUAUAUGGUGAUGCCCAUGAGUCCUACGAUCAAUUACGAUGGUAUGUAGAAGAGGUUAAGAAGACAAACCCAGGUAGCUACAUUCAUGUUGAACAAAAUGAGGGGAGGUUUUCAAAGCUAUUCAUCUGUUAUGCCGCCUGCAUAAAUGGGUUUUUGAACGGUUGUAGACCACUUAUAUUUUUGGAUGGUACCUUUCUGAAAGAUCGUUUCAAAGGUAUACUCCUCAGCGCCGUUGCAUACGAUGGAAAUCAUGGGAUAUUUCCAUUAGCCUAUUGCAUCUGCGAUCAGGAAAAUACUGUAAACUGCAAUUGGUUCUUACAAGUUGAGAAUUUCAGGACAAAGUUGCGGGAUUUGGGUUUCAAAGCAAAGGAUACUCGGAUUUUGGGCAACCUUUUACAAUCUGCUUGUUACAAAUAUACUAAAGCAGAAUGGAAUGACUAUGUGGAGGACAUUAGACUGGCGGACGAAUGA